AUGGCCAAGCUGCGCUUCAAGUGGUCUCCGCCCUUCCCGAACCUCAUGUGCACACCACCGGCCGUGCCCCUGGCUGUUGGAGGCUUCAGGGCUCUGCCAGCGCCAGGCAGAGCGAACGCUUUCGCCCAGCCCAGGCCAUCACAAGAACCAGUCCAGGUGCUUGCAGGCGCUGUGUCCGAAAACUUACACCCGCUCUUCUGGCAUGUGCGUGGCACAGCGCAGUAUCACACGCAGCCAGCACGAAGAGAUGGCCGCGAUGCGCAGACGGCUUUUGCGGGACGAUGGGAUGGGCGGCCAGUGAGGCUCCUCUCAUGA